UUUCUCCACCUACUGUAGAGACACUGGAGAUGGUCUCCAGACAUGUCCAGGAAUCCAAGGGGAAACUGUCCUGUAUCACAGAGCAAGUACCUCUACAGUUUGUGUAUGGACCACAGCAGAGUCGCUUGAAGUUCAUUGAGGAGUUUGAGAGAAUGAACAUCCCUGGUUACUACCUGCUAAAAGAGGGGGACUUCUACUACUUGGUCGUUGACAAAGCCACUCUAUUUUUGGAGGUCCAUGCCAAUGCCAUUAAGUCUGCGCUGGACAAGAUUAGCAGAGACAAUUCACCUACCAGAGGAGAAGAAAAAAAGAUAAGUGAUAAUGUCUUCAUGGCUCGUUCAGGCACCUCAGAACCUGACUUAUCAAAGGAGGCUCAGUCAUCAGAUCUUGAUGCUACCCUGGUACCAGGUGGUGUGGACAGUGCCACCACUUCAUUGUCAUCAAAGUUGAGAACAGACAACGGCCCAGUGACCUUCAAUCCUGUCAUCUCCUUGAAGGAACCAACCCCUGACAGGACUGCUUCUGCUGACCCCCCUCACUCAACCUCAGAUAAUACCAGUGGAAGCUCUGUACAGGUUCUGGAUGACAAGAAUGACUCUGCAAAAGAUCUUUCUUCUAAUCUGAUGCAAUCUGUGGUGGAGCAGAAGGAUCAAGUGACAAGCCAAGCCCAAGAAGCAGUCACAUCAGGUAGCAGUUUUAGUGACACUGUCACAGCAGCAGUAGAAAGUGCCUUCAGACCUCGCAGUCAGUCAAGUAAAGAUGAUGUCAGACGAAAACCACAAAAAGAGUCCCUGAGUAUGACUGAGAGCUGCGGUAAAGAUAAUACAGCAUUGAGAAUCAAAAAGUCUGCUAGCUCUCCUAGCAUGCAUGAUGGCAGUGAGGAUAUUCUGAUGAAAGAGGUGGAUUUGUCAUCUCAAGAUGUGAGAAAGCAAGGCCGACCCAGGUCCAGUCUUCCUCAAACCCCAGUUAAUGGUACUAGCAUGAAUAGGUCUAGAAACUCUUCUGGUACUCCCAAAAGUAUUAUUUCAGGCAUUGGGACACCUAAUCGCUCACGCCAUUCCUCUGGGACUUCAAGAUCAAGGCAUUCUUCUGGUAAAAUAUCCCGGAAAAUGUCUGGUAUAUUUGAUAGCAGCAGUCAUGGGAGCUGCACAGAAGAAGGCUACGAUGGAGACACAAGCAGCAGUGAAAGUGCAUUUCACGUACUUUUUGGCUAUGAAGGUGACUCCAGUGAUUCAGAUGCUGAGGGGGGUAUGUUGUCAAUGCAUGACACUGGUCCACAGCAGCCUAGACUGCCAGACUUCUGGCUACUCAUGAAGGUCAACAGGGACAAAGUGGAUAUCUUCUUCCACACCAGCUACACAGGUGAGGAAGAAACAGAAGACUUGGUGCGUAUGAAGAUAUUAUACAAUAAUGUCAUCAGUAACAUCAGAGAGACAGGAAGGAUUGUCAAUCAGCGACUUCUGCUGCAAGACCUCCAUGACACCCGGAUGUGCAAUAGUCUGCUGGUGCCAGAGGCAGAUGAGGAUAUCUCCUGGAAGAGGGAUCUGGAAGCCAUGCAUGCCUCUAGAAGGAGUGAUGAAUCAGAUGAAGAAGAAGAUCUUGGCCCUAAGGAAGGUUAUCUAGCUGCUGCUCUUGACUUCGAGCCAGGGCACUUUGCCUGUGACUGUGUGUGGAAACAUCAGUUUACACUGCACCCAAGGCUAAAAACAGGACUGGGGAGAACUGGGCUGUCUAGAGGUAUCCAAGCCCUGAGAUCAGUGCUGAAUGCUUUCUCUGUGAACAACAGGAAAAACAUGUUUGUGCUCAGAGAAAAUAAUGGAAAUGUGUUUUACUUGAGGGUUAGUGACUGUAUCCCUGUAACACAGUCUGUGCAAUUAGGGGAUGCAGGGGGGCCUGAAGACCAGGUAGAUGGAUCAAAACUGUCAGAAGCUGCCAUGACUAGAGAUGAUUCUUCAGCUUCAGGGUUUCCAUUUAGCAAGGAUUUAAGGAUGCGGAGGUUAUCCUCCACAGACAGAGAUCCAGAGAUGCUGUCCCUGUCCUCAUCAACCAGCAGCAGGAUCUUCUCCAGGAAGAACGAGGAAUGCAUCGAAUUAUCUGUCCAUGGCAUAACAGACGCAGGCCCUGAAAUCAAAGAAGAUCUGAUAGAUGUAUUGAAGAGGAAGAUGGAUGAUGCUGUGUUGGAUGUGAUAUCUGUGAUGUUGGCAAGAAAUGCCAUGUGUAAGCUGACUGUAGAUGAUGUUCAGUUUAUACAGCGGCCCUUUACAGCUCCUAAAGAGGUGCUACGUCUGGUUCCCCCAGCUGCUGCUAUGCAUUACCUCUUUGCUUUCAUGCACUAUCUUCGCCAGAACAUGAGGCAGUUUCUGUUUGUGCCAAAUUACAUUGAUAAUAAAGAGGAGCAUCACUUCCUGGAUUACUCUGAGGAAAUUCCAUCAUCUGGAGAUGUAUUUCUGUAUAAUCGACCUCAUGCCACAGGUAGAAAAGGCAUUGCAUGUGUCCAUUUGAGACUGGUGGAAGGAAGUGGAAGUGCAGUUCAGCCAUUAGGAGGUUCAAAGCCCUCUCCAAAUGCUUACCAAGAAGGUUUGGAUCCUGCUGACUUUGAUACCAUCUCUACUGCUGUCAGACACGAAACCAGUAACAAGAAGAAGCCAGGUCCCCUGUCCUUGAUUCAGCUGAGUAUCUGGGAGAGGGGAGAUGUAGACAUGAAUUUCCUCAAGGAGAAGCUAACCCAUGCUAUUCGCUGUGCCCUGUGUGACAUAGUGAUGGAGUACCGUCUGCUGACUGCCCCUCUCUGUGAGAUACCAUAUAGAUACAAGGAUGCACUGGAGGGGCUGUUCCAGUCAGUGCCCUCCUCUCCAGUAGUCUCAGAAAAAGCCAACAGCCUUCCCCAUGCACCACUGAGGAAAAUGCAUUCAGAGUCUCCAAGAAAAGGAAUUCCUGUGACUUCUCCGGGGACCCUGUCAAAUACACCAUCAUUUUUGGACUUAUUCUCCAAAGGAAGAUUAUCAUUUAUGUCUCCUAGCAGGAGUGGUGAUGCUGGCAAACUAGACCAGCAGACAAACAGCCAGGAGAAGCUGGAAACAGAUGCACAACACAAACAUGAGCUAGAACUGAAGCAAAAGAUCUGGAAGUAUGAGAUUGGUGAGAGAGGGAUCCUGUUGCCUCUGUAUCCCACCACAAUGCUGUCCUGGCUGGAGUUUGCUGCUAAACUUGGAGUUCCCUCCAUUCAGAAGUUUUCUGGUGUCCUUUUGUUGCGUGUGUCUGUGGAAUUUGUGCUGAAGGAGUUUCAGGCCAUGGUGUCCAGCCUGUCACCAGAUAUCACAGUGCGAGUGUUCAAACACAUAUCAAAACUUCAGACAGAGGAGGAUAUGGGGUAUCAUCCAUAUAACCCCUCCAGAGUAACUUCUAUGAGUACAGAGAGUUCAAAAGAGUCCUCACUUGAUAUGGCUCAAUUUGCCUGUGUGGGAACCCCAGGUAAACCAAAUCAUUACAUUGUGAUUGGUAGAAAUUUUGACCAAUGGAAACAUUGUAUUGAGCGAUAUGAGGAAGAAGACUCAAAUGACCAGCAGUCUGCAACUCUCAGUGGGAAAGUGAAGAAGAACUAUCAGAAGUUCUGUUCCCUGGAUAGUGAGGCAGCUCCAGAAAAAACCAGUGAUCUGGGAAAUAGCAGUGGACUCGCCACUGCUGCAGCACCAUCUGGUGUAGAGGAAAAGGUUUUUGUACCCAGGCAGAGGUUUCUCAUAUUGAGUGUGAAAGAUAUAUCAAUGGAGCUAUACACAUACAACUCGGCAGCAGAUGUGGUCAGUACCCUUGACCGACAGUUUACACGACUAAUUCAGUGGCACAAUGCUAGGACACACCUGUUAUCCAGUAUUCUCAGCCAGAAGGCUGGCUUGUUCCAACAUUACCCAUUUACAGAAUUAGCUGCAGUCAGGGGAAAGGAUGCCAAUCCAUACAUCCAGUCAGCAGAUGUGGACCUUCUAUUCAAACAUCAGAACCCUCCUUCCAAGCCAGACUUGCAGCGGCAGCGCUCUCAAUCUGUCUCCAUGCAUCUUCGCCCUGAGGUUCAUCCAGCCCUGCCAGCAGUGGAUGAACUGUUCCGUGACACAUUUCCCCCUCAUCCUCUACACAGGUCUCCGUUUGGCAGUUUUAGGGAUCCUGUGAUGAGACAUGGGUACCAGCUACGGGAGGUCAGGGAGAUCACAAGAAGGGAAUCAGAAAAGAAGGUCAGGCUGGAGACUAUAUAUGCCCAGUGGCAACAGAGGCAGUCAAAUGCUGCCAUUGCU